AUGGAUGCUGCUUCACGCUCGUCGUCGCGGUCACGCGCCGUAUCACGGCCUACGACCCCUCUGAGGCCAGGCUCUAGGUCUUCCGUCCGCGAAGCGCAUGGAUAUGACAGGAAGAUUAGCAGGGUGCCGUAUACCCAGCCCGCUAUUAAUGCCCUUGAGCCGCAGUUUGCGGAUCUUGCCGACCGCAUGGCUGAGCUCGAGGCGAACUUCGACAAACUGCAGCUAAUGCAUGAGAGUCUGACGCGCUUCAGCGAGAGCUUUGCCAGUUUCCUCUAUGGAUUGAACAUGAAUGCUUUUUGCGUGGACUUCCCAGAGGCACCAAUCGCCGAGUCAUUUCGAAGAGCGAAACAAGCUGAGGCACAGAAGGAGGCUGAAGAAGAAGAAUCAGCGAAAGGCAACGAAGCCGACAUGACGUUUAUGACCUCGGACACCACCUUUAUCGAACACCCUCCAAGCACUGUUUCCACAAAACAAGUACCCAAACCCGGAACAUCCCGUGGAAGAGUGAGAGGAACUAGUACUCGCGGGACGACGACUAGUCGUUAUGCAACUAGGGGUCGAGGUCGUCCUAGCGCAUUGCCUCGGGGAAAGAGCAUGCGGUGAUCUUGCGCAGUAAAUGUACAAUCCAAGGACGCUCGAACAUCAGGAUUGCGGAAAUUUUAAGGGCGCAGACGGUGCACUAAAAUCGUCCCGAGCCAUUAAAACGCCCUUUGGUCGCCGGGCGACGUUGGACGACUUUGGACUGAGUCAUCACGGGGCACUCUAAAGUAAGAAAGAGGGGAAAUAAAGGAAGAAAGAAGGGGCCCGAAUGCCGUGCGAUUGGACCUGUAUCAACUGGCACAACGGCGAAUUGUAAGGCAGAUGAACGCCUGUUUGCGUUUCCAGCAUAUAGCAUCUCCACCGCAACGCAUGCGCUGCAUGGCGCAUGCAAAUAGACACACCAUGUCCUA